UUUUGGAAAGAAAGCAAAAAUCCUGAGUCAGAGAAAGAAACCGCAUUCCAGAGGCAGAGUUCAAAACAGCAGCUCCUUUUACUGAAAAGAGGAAAAACAGCUUCUUCCAUGGAGGCCAAUAUAAAUCCUUCAGAGGAGUAUUUUUACUAUUACAAUGAGUCAAAUUAUACGUUGGACUACAGUUUACAUGAAACAAUUUGUCUCAAAGAAGAAGUGAGGAAAUUCAACAAGUCAUUUUUACCAGCAUUUUAUUCCAUUGUAUUCCUCAUUGGACUUCCUGGGAAUUCCCUAGUGGUAGCAAUUUAUGCUUACCUCAAGAAAUUAAAGACAAAGACAGAUGUAUACAUUGCACACCUGGCAAUUGCUGAUUUAUUGCUGCUUUUUACUCUUCCCUUUUGGGCUGUAAAUGCUGUACAUGGAUGGAUAUUUGGCUUAUUUUUAUGCAAAAUCACUACUGCUACCUAUACUAUGACAUUCAGUGCUAGCAUGCUGCUUCUGGCCUGCAUCAGUGUUGAUAGAUAUUAUGCCGUCUCUAAGUCCUUGAGUCAUCCACAUGGUGCUAAGCUAUGCAGCAAAACCUGUUCCUUUGUCUGGAUGGCUGCAACCUUCCUUUCCAUUCCUGAUAUAAUUUUCAACCAGGUCAAGGAGCUCCAUGAACAAAAUAGAUGCAGUUCUACAUUUCCAGACAGCAUUGGGAAAACAUUGAAAGUAAUAAUUGAAAUCGUGGAAACAGCUCUGAGUUUUGUACUACCCUUCUUUGUCAUGCUGAUUUGCUAUUCAUUUGUGGCCAGAGCACUCAUCAAGAGUCCCAGUGUUAAAAAAUCACAGCCUCUAAAAGUUCUCGCAGCAGUUGUUUCAGUUUUUAUUAUCACCCAGCUGCCCUAUAACAUUGUCAGGUUUUGGAAAGCCAUAGAUUUGGUCUAUCCCAUAAUUACAAACUGCAGUGCGAGCAAAGCUAUUGAUGUUGCAUUCCAGGUGACAAACAGUAUUGCUUUGUUUCAUAGCUGCCUGAACCCCCUUCUGUAUUUUUUCAUGGGAGCCUCUUUUAAACUGCAUAUGGUGAAAUUGGCAAAACGUUAUGGCUACUGGAGAAGACAACAAAGCAUAGUAACUGAAGAGAUUGCUAUGGGCUAUGAAGACUCAGCAGCUCAAACAAGUAGCUUUACUAUUUAGAAUAUGGGCAGAGAACAUAUGACUAUUCAGAUGUUGCUGAACUCCCAUUUUCUCUGGCUACACUGAAUGAGCUUUAUGGAUGCUGGGAAUCCAGCAACAUCUGGAAGGCUGUAAGUUCCACAUGCAAAUUAGAGAACUGGGAAAAGGUUGUUUCAGCUACCUGCUGGCCAGUCUAAGCAGGUUAAGGAGAUCUCUGGAGCAAUCUGAUCUCUAGCCAUAAUGCACCCUUUUCUGUCUAGCUUUAUAGCAUAAUACAUAACACACAGCUUGGGAAAAUUAUUUUUUUUACUACAAUUCCCGGAAUUCUUCACUGUGAUGUAGGCUGGGACAUCUACUCCAAAAGGUAACUCUCCCAAGUGCUGAAUAUGGUCUAGUUUAUAUUGGCUUACUUUAUGAUUUAUAGACUAUGCUUAUAGACUGUGUACAGCAAAGCCAUUCUUGAGAAAUUAUGGAUUGUUCUGAUAGAAAUGGAGAUGCCUCAGCACCUGAUCAUCCUAAUGUGUAACCUGUAUUGUAGACAAGAAGCUACUGUUAGGACAGAAUAUGGACAGACAGAAUGGUUUCCAAGAGGCAAAGGCAACAGACAAGGCUGCAUUUUAUCUCCUUAUCUAUUUAAUCUGUAUGCAGAACAUAUCAUAUGGAAA